AUGUGGAGGCUUAGGGUUGCAGAGGGAGGCAAUGACCCUUACAUUUACAGCACAAACAACUUUCUUGGAAGGCAAAUAUGGGAGUUUGAUUCUGAUGCUGGCAGUCCUGAAGAGCGAGAAGAGGUCGAAAAGUCUCGACAAAAUUACUGGAACAAUCGUUUUCAGAUCAAACCAAGCUCUGAUCUUCUUUGGCAGUUUCAGUUCCUAAGGGAGAAAAAGUUCAAACAAACAAUUCCUCAAGUGAAGCUGCAAGAUGGCGAGGAAAUUACAUACGAAAAUGCAACCGCCGCUUUACGACGGAGCGUCCACUUAUUUUCAGCCUUGCAGGCGAGCGAUGGCCAUUGGCCUGCAGAAAAUUCAGGCCCAUUGUUCUAUUUUCCUCCAUUGGUUUUUUCUUUAUACGUAACAGGCCAUCUUAAUACUGUCUUCUCUGCAGAGCAUCGCAAAGAGAUACUACGCUACAUAUACUGUCAUCAGAAUGAAGAUGGUGGGUGGGGAUUACACAUAGAAGGUCACAGCUCCAUGUUUUGUACCGUUCUUAACUAUAUAUGUAUGCGCAUACUUGGUGGAAAAGAUAAUGCUUGUGAAAGAGGAAGAAAAUGGAUUCUUGAUCAUGGUGGUGCAACUGCCAUAAGCUCUUGGGGAAAGACCUGGCUAUCCAUACUUGGAAUGUAUGAGUGGGAUGGAAGCAACCCUAUGCCCCCAGAGUUUUGGGCGUGUCCAAUAAUUGUUCCUCUGCAUCCAGCAAAAAUGAUGUGCUACUGUCGGCUAACUUAUGUGCCUAUGUCGUACUUGUAUGGGAAGAGGUUUGUUGGUCCAAUCACAUCUCUCAUUUUACAAAUAGGGAAGAAAUCUAGGGAAGAAAUCUACAAUGAACCUUACAACAAAAUCAAUUGGAAGAAUGUACGUCAUGUAUGUGCAAAGGAGGAUAACUACUAUCCCCAUCCAAUGAUACAAAAACUGCUGUGGGAUGCUCUUUAUAUAUUUAGUGAGCCUCUUUUCACCAUUUGGCCCUUCAACAAAUUGAGAGAGAAGGCUCUCAAAAUAACGAUGGAUCACAUUCAUUAUGAAGACGAAAACAGUAGAUACAUUACCAUUGGAUGUGUGGAAAAGCCAUUAAACAUGCUUGCCUGUUGGGUUGAAGAUCCCGAUGGGGAUGCUUUUAAGAAGCAUCUUGCUAGGAUUUUGGAUUAUAUAUGGGUUGGAGAAGAUGGCAUAAAGAUGCAGAGUUUUGGCAGUCAAGUAUGGGAUACAAGCCUUGCCCUCCAAGCUUUGAUGGCUAGCAAUCUCUGUGAUGAAAUAGGACCUACACUUAAGGAAGGACACAACUUUAUAAAGAACUCUCAGGUAACGGAGAAUCCUUCUGGUGACUUCAAGAGAAUGUUUCGUCAUACCUCCAAAGGAGCUUGGACAUUCUCUGAUAAGGAUCAAAAGGAUCAUGGAUGGCAAGUUUCUGAUACCACAGCAGAAGGUUUGAAGUGUUGCCUGCUUUUCUCGAUGAUGCCUUCUGAAAUUGUUGGUGAGAAAAUGGAUGCCAUAAAGCUGUAUGAUUCUGUCAAUGUAUUACUUUCUCUUCAGAGUGAAACUGGUGGUUUCUCAGCUUGGGAGCCAGCAGGAGAAAGGUUAUGGUUGGAGUGGCUCAAUCCUGUGGAGUUCAUUGAGGAUCUGGUGAUUGAGCACGAUUACCUCGAUACUGCAAGGUCCCAACUCCCAAAGACUAAUAAAAAGUGGUCACCCAGGUACGUGGAGUGCACUUCAUCGUCAAUCCAAGCAUUAGUCCUAUUUAGUACAUUAUACCCUGAGCAGAGGAACAGAGAGAUAAAUAAUUCCAUCGUGAAUGCUGUACGGUUCAUUGAAGAAAUACAAAAGCCUGAUGGUUCAUGGUAUGGAAAUUGGGGAAUUUGCUUCAUGUAUGGUACGUGGUUUGCACUUAAAGGUUUAGCUGCUGCAGGCAGGACAUAUGAAAAUUGUCCCGCCAUUCAAAAAGGUGUUGAUUUUCUACUCAAAUCGCAAAGAGAUGACGGUGGAUGGGCUGAGAGUUAUCUCUCAUGUCCAAAGAAGGUGUACGUUCCUUAUGAGGGUGAUCGAUCAAAUUUGGUUCAGACUGCAUGGGCUAUGAUGGGUUUGAUUCAUGGAGGGCAGGUCAAGAGAGACCCUAUGCCUCUUCAUCGUGCUGCAAAACUGUUAAUUAAUUCUCAGACAGAACUUGGAGAUUUCCCUCAACAGGGACAGAGUGGGGUAUUCAUGAGGAAUUGCAUGCUGCACUAUGCACUAUAUAGGAAUACUUUUCCCAUCUGGGCUUUGGCUGAAUACAGAUUGCAUGUUUUGUUGCCUUCUGAAAAAACCUGAAUCAAGGGAAUUUAUAUGAAAUAAGAUUUUAAUAAUUUUAUCUAAGAAAAUGUUAUGUAUUUAGUAGAGAUGAAGUGCAGAUACAAAAGUGGUGAAUCAAUAGAUUCAUCAAUUCCUCCCAAUAGUGGGGCAAGCAAUAAAGUUCAUGAUAAUGUAUAUAAAUAUAAGAAAAAUCUUUUUUUUUUUUUUUUCUUUCUGUUUGGCGGCUGAGAAAUGGUGAGAAAAUUAAAGGACUAACUGGGGGAGAGAAUAAGAAUGAAAUGAUAUACGUUUUGUGUGUAUGUACAUAAUUUCCUGGCGGAUGUAUUUUUAUAAUAUAUUUUCACGUGGAAAUUCAAAACUUAAUUUCUUACAUGCUAA